CAGCGACUGUUUUGUGCUAACACCCGUCAUCGAAACUCGACUAUUUGUGGUUUCAGCGGGAUAUUUGCGUGGGGGAAUUAACGGUGGUUUCCGCGCCGAGACCUCCAUGCGGCUGUUGGCGGAACAGCCAGCCGCCUCUCUCGGUUAGCCAUCAGGGAUCUCGGUUUAAUAUCUCACCGUGCAGAGACUCGCCCUCUCUCACCCCCUCUCUCUCUCAGUGACUAGCCCAGAACCACCGACGACCGAGCUCGGGAGAACCCGCCUUCUUGUUCUCGCUUAUGCGCUUUUUGGAUCGAGGGAAGCGAGUCUGCAACGCCCUGGGUUUAGUUUUAAGCUCCGUAUUUGAGUGUUUGCAGUGCGCCAUUGGACCUUGUCACGAUACAAGACAGUACACUCACAAAUGAAUGGGGAAAUGGAGGCAACCACCCAAGACCAAGGUGGGGUUUUGACAUUGUGGGCUCAGGAUGACCUUUUAAAACUGCUGGAGGCCAUGAAAAUGGCUCUGCCCCAGAAGGACCUGACUAAAUACAAAACAUCAGAGUCCCACCUCGACUGGCAGAAGGUGGCCUUCAACUCCUACACAGCAGAGAUGUGUAAGCAGAAGUGGCAGGAGGUCUCUAAAGAGAUUCGUAAAUUCCGGACUCUAACAGAGCUGAUAUUUGAUGCCCAAGAAUACAUCAAGAACCCUUACAAGGGCAAAAAGAUAAAGAAACACCCAGAUUUUCCCAAGAAGCCCUUGACUCCAUACUUCCGCUUCUUCAUGGAAAAGAGGGCCAAAUACGCAAAGUUGCACCCUGAGAUGAGCAACCUAGACCUAACUAAGAUCCUCUCCAAGAAGUACAGAGAGCUGCCUGACAAAAAGAAGAAAAAGUACGUUGAGGACUUCUUAAGAGACAAAGAAACAUUUGUGCACAGCAUGAUGAAGUUUAGAGAACUGCACCCAGACCUUAUGGAGAGCAUGACCAAGAAGGGUUCAAAUGUGCCAGAGAAGCCCAAGACCCCCCAACAGCUGUGGUACAACCAUGAAAAGAAGGCAGUCCUCAAGACACGCCCAGAUGCGACCACCAAAGACAUUAAGGACAGUCUUGGCAAGCAGUGGACACAGCUGUCUGACAAGAAGAGACUCAAAUGGAUCGCCAAGUCCCUGGAGCAGCAGAAGCUAUACGAGGAGACGAUGCGUGAGUACAUCCAGCAGCACCCAGAGUUAAACAUGACACAGGGAGACAUCGUCAAGUCCACCCUGACUAAGGCUGAGAGACACCUGAAGGACAAAUCUGACGGCCGACCUGACAAACCCCCUCCAAAUGGCUACUCGAUGUUCUGCGCGGAGCUGAUGUCCAGCAUGAAAGAUGUUCCCAGCACAGAGCGUAUGGUGAUGUGCAGCCAGCGGUGGAAGCUGCUGAAACAGGGUGAGAAGGACGCUUACCAGAGACGCUGUGAACAGAGGAAGAAAGAGUUCGAAAUCGAGAUGAACAGAUUUCUCAGUUCUUUAUCAGAGGAGGAGCAGCAGCGGGUUUUGUCUGAGGAUAAAAUGGGUUUUAAGAAGGGUGGAGCCAACAGUCCUGCUGCCAAAAAGAAGGCCUCUAAAGCAAAGGCCAAUCCAGAAAAACCCAAAAGGCCGAUUUCAGCCAUGUUCAUCUUCUCUGAGGAGAAGCGCCCAAAGCUGCAGCAGGAGCGGCCGGACCUUUCUGACAGUGAGCUCACGAGACUCCUGGCUCGCAUGUGGAACGAGCUGCCGGACAAGAAGAAGGAAAAGUAUAAACGCCUAGAAACAGUCCUGAAGGCAGAGUCCGUGAAGAAGGAGAAGGAGGAUCGCAGUCUGCCCGACCCGCCCAAGACUGCACAGGACAUCUGGCAGCAGAGUGUCAUCGGAGACUACCUGGCCAGAUUUAAGAGUGACCGGCCAAAGGCUCAGAAAGCAAUGGAAGCAACCUGGAGCACCAUGGAGAAAAAGGAGAAAAUCAUGUGGAUCAAAAAGGCAGCAGAGGACCAGAAAAGAUACGAGAGAGACCUGUGUGAGAUGCGCUCACCUGCUGCUGCCAUCGCCUCAGGGAAGAAGAUGAAGUUUGAGGGUGAACCGAAGAAACCGCCAUCAAAUGGAUAUCAGAAGUUCUCUCAGGAGAUGCUGUCCAACGGAGAGCUGAAUCACCUCCCGAUGAAAGAGCGAAUGACUGAGAUCGGCAGCCGCUGGCAGAGGUUACCACUGAAGGACAAGGACCGCUACAAGAAGAUUGCAGAGGAGAAGCAGAGGCAGUACAAAGUCCAGCUGGAACAGUGGCUCGCUAGCUUGUCUUCACAAGAGAGGAACACGUACAAAGAGUACAACUCACAAAAAAGGAGAACCACAGCCAAGCCAGGGGGCCCAAAGGCAAAGGCCAAAAAAUCUGACACGGAGGAGGAGGAGGACGACGAGGAUGAGCGGGAGAAGGCUUCCUCUGAGGGAGACUCAUCCAGCGACGACGAGGAGGAGGAUGAUGACGAUGAGGAUAAGGAGGAUGAUGAGGAAGACGACGAGGAUGAUGAUGACGACGACGAGGAUGAUGACGAUGAGGCAGAAGACAAGGAAAACAAGUCUGAGGACAGCAGCAGCGAAUCAAAUUCACAGGGGUCAUCAGACUCUGAUUCGGACUGAAACGAACCGACGACGUCUUCUCGCGAGACAAACUGAGCAGCGCUGAGCUGAGCCAAGAGUCAAGGGAGCUCUGCCACUGUGCCAACCCUGCUCUCCUCCCACCACCAGAGGGAGCCCCCGCAUCGCCUCAUCCACUUCACACUCACCCACUUUAUGUUGCUGCGUUUCGGUGAUCUACUCAUGGAGGGACCCUGCCCUCGCGUCCAAAAUACGUUCUCACUCCCUCCCAGCGUGACGUCAUCUCACGGCACAGGCCGCUGACAUUAUGCCAAAAACAGCAUCCCACUGGUCUGGUGAUGUCAUGAACAUUUAUGGUUUCAAUCUUGACUCAUAGGUUCAAUUGUUUAAGGUUAGAGUUUUAAUAUCGAAGGUUUAUUUUAUUAUUCUGGUAGUUGGCUGAAGACAGCUGGCAUGGGUUGUGAACAGGCUUCAUAGAGCCAAAGAACAUUGUAGUGCGGUGGAUUGUGAGGAGAGGGAGGGGAGGGGGGGUGUAGGGUACCGAAAUAUUGCACUCUUCAGAAUGUUUCCUUUAAUUUUUUUUUUUCCAGAACAUUGUUGUGUUGUUCUCUAUUCUCAAUUUAUGAUGUAGAUUUUAUCAUUUGGUUCUUAAAGAGGUGGUAUUUUUUCAGGAAAAAAAUCAAGCCAUUAUGAAUGUCUUUAUGUUGCUGGAACAUUUUUCAGAACCUGUUACCUACCCAUGUUCUCAUUUAAAAUAUGCCAGAGCCUGUAUAAAGUGUUCACCCCCUAUUCUGACUUUUUUUCCAUUUUUUAUUGUUUUACAACUCUGAACCAACAGAGGAUGCUUUGAUACUCAAGAGAAGUGUACUCUUUCUAUUUAAGUAAAUAUGUACUUGCUAAAAUAAGAGAAAGUGACCAAAAACAAGUGUGGCUGACAUUUUAACAAAAAAACCCACUUUUCCCAUAAUGUCACAGGAAAAACAAAUCUCUGCAGAUGUAUCUAAAGUAAGUGAGUUAAAAACAACAAUUGAUUACAUGUUUUUUCACCCUUCAGGAGGAUUUGUCUUCAUCUGCAUUUCCUCCUGUACGGUUCCUUUCUGUCCAAUCGAAGGUUUAAAGUGGCUGUUAGCAGCAGAUUCCACAAAUUUACUAUUUGAUGAAUGCGUUUCUUGCACUAACACAGCCUGCUUUAAGCAGAUUAACAGCUGUGCCAUAUUCUUUACAUUUAUUUCUUAGCGAUUGACCUUAUACUGCAGGCUAUUCUGUGCCUUGAAAAUAUUCUUGUAAAUCCAUGAAUCCCUUUUGAAAGGUAGUUUUCAGUAAAAUGCAUUUUCACUUAUCUAUGAUGUAGUUAAUAAUGAUACAAAACAAGCCGUUGGUGCUGCAAGAUGCAGACUUUUAUGAUCUCAGUUGAAUAUAUAAAAACAAAUUUGUCUGCCCACUCAAUACGUAUGCAAUUAAUUAUUUUAUCUCACAACUCAAUUUUGAUCCAUUUGUGAAGAUUGGUUUUCCUGAGGAGUGUCAAAAAAGCCUGAUAAUACUUCAGAGAUGCAAAACAACAAAAAAAGUUUCAAGAAGGUGAAUAUCUUAUAUAGUUGCUGUAGGACUCCUUGUCAUUGUUUUACACAUUAAUCCAUCAGUCUGAAACAAUUCUGUUUGGCUCAGUCCAUUCUGGCCUGACCGUAAUAAACAGUGUUUAUUGUGUGAGCAGAGCAGCUCUUCAUCGAAGGGAUAACACUUGUUUUCCUCAUGUAGAGCCCGAUCUUACUCUGUGUUUUUAAAGAAUACGUCAUACAGUUUCUUCUCUGUACCGUUGUUUUUUACGUUUGCGGUUUAUAUGAAUUGUUAAUAUUAAUUGUGAGCAGUUGUGUUCUGAUCCAUCUCGAAUCAUUUUGUGGAUGAAUGGUUUUCAUCUAUUUUUAUUUUCAAAGGUAUUGACUGUAAUCCAUAUGGGUCUUAGUCUGAUGCUUAAUCCCAAAAAAGUGUGCACUUAAUGUAAAUCUGUCCCUCAGUGUGAGUUUGUGUGCAUGCAUGCACAGAACUGUGUAUAUAUGAGGGUGUGAGUGUGUUUCUUUGCUUUAAUGUGUGCCGUUUUUACUGUUUUGUUGCAUACCAUGAUGAGACUGCGGCAGCGUGCAUGUUUGUGCCUGUGUGGGGACGUCAUACCAACACCAUGAAUGUAGAUAUUGUUAAAUCUUUUAAUUUUUUUUUUCCAAAGUUCUUUCAGUAAUUUUUCUGCUCUGCGAUGUUGUGUCAUUAGUUACCUGAAGACAGACUGAUGACAAGACUUCCAUGACUGUCUUUUUGGGUCCACAGACAGAAGAAUACAUGGCAACUGUUAAUAAUCAGACUGAUUUUUGAUCUUUAUGAAUUUCAUCGCUGUCUGAAACAAAACAAACGUGGACUAUUUAAAUAAUUUGGGGCUGGAAUAAGAAAAGUGAUUGCUGAUAUGGAUUGAUUUAUAAAAGGGAUUUGGGGAGCUGAGUUGCCAGAUGAAUUGGGGUAUAAAAAAAUUGCAAUUUUUCCUGUAAAUACUGUUUUUGUAUUGAGUGCUUAUUGUUUUGUUAGUGCUUUAAUUUGGCAAACCCUCAUCUGUGACUUCUGAAGCCAGUGAGUUUUUCACUCACGGGGGAGAGUUUUUGGUUUAAUUCACCUCUUUUAGUCGUUUCUUCUCUCCCUUCUGUUGGUUUAUAGAGAUAUCUAAGACGGCAAAGCUUUACAAGUUUGUACUGCUGAUCAUUUGACAAAAUGUUGAUGUUUUCUAUAGCUGAGGGUGUUCUUAUGUCCUUGUAGUUCAAGUAUUUGGGCAAAUAAAAAAUGAUCUUUAA